AUGCAGAAGGAGAAGGAGGAACUCGACGACCUCAACACAGAACUGGAGCUCGCCGACGAGGACGAGGCCGUGCCAUACAAGAUUGGCGACGCCUACUUCCACGUCCUGCAACCCCAGGCACUCGAGAUGCUUGAGAAGGCAUCGUCCAAGAUCGAGGAGGAGGUUGAGGAGCUGGAAUCCAAGCUGGAGACAAUCAAGGAGGAGAUGACCCAACUCAAGGUCGAGCUGUACGCCAGGUUCGGGAAGAGCAUCAACCUCGAGACAUGA